GAUCUUCUGCAAGUGCACUUCGUCUGGGUUUUAUUCUCAUCUCACUGCACCACAGAGGGCAAACACACACACACACACACACACACACACACACAUUUACCCCUGCAGAUAUGGGCAAAAUCCUGAUAGGCAUCUUCACCGUGGCGCUGUGUUUCUCAGUGGGUUACACGCUGCAGUGCUAUAAAUGUGAAAUAGGAUUUUGGGAUCUGUGUGCAACCACCAUAACCACAUGUGCAGCCGACCAACAAUGUUUCAGUGGAAGAGGAAAAACAGUGUCAGUGAUCUCGCUGAAGAUGAGCGGAUGUCUGGACGUAGCACAGUGCAAUAAGACGACAGAUGUUCAGUUUCCCAAUAAUUCCAGCUCCACCAUCUACCAGAUGACCAAAACCUGCUGCAACACCGACCUGUGCAACACCGCGGCCCCGCCCGCUCUCACACACACACUCACACUCACCAUCGCCUUGCUCGCAUCACUGCUCCUCACCAAGGUGCUGGUGUGAGCAUCACACACACACACACACACACACACACACACACACACACACACACACACACACAUUGAGGUAGAAAAUACAGAUAAAAACAAGCCAGUUCUCACCUACACACACAAGCUUUGUAAUCUGGUUUGUGUAUUCCUGUGCAUAUUAAUUCACACACACAUACUCACACACACACACACACACACACACACACACACAUGCACUUGCUAUUGCCUCACUUGCCUUACUCCUCCUCACAUGAUAUGAACAGCUCACAUACACACACACACACACACACACACACACACACACAAUGAAUCUUUUUUUUUAUUUUUUUAUAAAGAAGUGAGUGCAAGAGUGUGAUAUUUUACAUUAAUUUCUCAGUAAGGGGUAAAGAACCGGACGCAGGGUCUGUUAUUAUCAAUCAUGUAAAGUUUCAUUCAUUCUUUUUCAUUUCUUUUAAAUACAUUUCAUUUUAUUUGAUUAAAUUCGUAUUAUUAUUAUAAUUAUUAUAAUUAUUAUUAUUAUUACUGCUAUUAUUUUAGUUCCCUAAACAAUAAAAUAAAUAAAUUUGGAUUAGAAAAUAAAUCCAGGUGCGAACAUUCCACCUGGAAUAAUUCUAUUUUUAAUUGUUAAUGUAAUGAUUAUGAUUAAUGUUUAAUGCAUGAACUCAUUUCUGCUGCAUGUCAUUAAUUGAUGGGAACUUUCCCUGGCCAUGUAAUAAUCAGUGUCUACACACUUGUUGAACACAAUGAGGGAUUUGUCUUUUUUGGUGAUGUGGAAACAUUUCAAGCUCUAAUGUAAAACUCUGUAUAAGUGUCCCAUGGAGAGAAAGAAGAGAAGAGAAGAAUGAGAGAUGCACUUGAGAUGAUGUUGGCUGUGUGUUUCCUGAUCAGGUGCUGGAUGCAGUGUGAUGUUCUCUGUCAUGAGGAAAAAUAAAUAUGAAUUGGUCAA